AUGGGCCAAAGACACAACCGAAAGCGCACGAGGAGUCGCCCGCGCAACCGCCGCAACAACCACGCGCGCGACUCCUCGGUCGACAGUUCCUUCUCCUUUUCUUCCGAAUCUUCCUUUUUGGGUCAGCCUUCGUUUCCUCAGUUCCAGCGUUACACGACUUUUUCGAACCCUUCAGCGGCGCACUGGCAUCAGCAGUAUUCGGCUUGGCACGUCAGGCAGGAGCUCCAGCAACAGCAGCAGCAGCAGAGUGUGGAGAAUCAGCGUCUCCGCAUGUUCGGCGGCGAGGCGGCGGACGGCGCCGAUCUUUGUGGUCCCAUGCUCAAGGUGGUCAUGGACCUCUUCGACGACAUCGACUACAUCGAUCCUUGA